CCAGCGGCGCGCGAGGGCCGGGCUCCCGCGAGGGGGGCGGUGGCCGCGGCGGUGACAGCCGCUGCCCGCCCCCGAGGCCGCCACGUCCCUCACGUACCACCCAGACGCGCGGCGGAGCGGCGACCCGGCGCCGGGGGCUCCGGCUCCUCCGGCGGGGCUCGGCAUGAGGCUGGCGCGGCUGCUGCGCGGAGCCGCCUCGGCCGGCCCGAGCGCCGGGCUGCGCGCCGCCCGCCCCGGCGUCCGCCGCAGCCUCACCUCGGACUCGGGCUCCGGCCCGGCGCCCGAAGGCGGCGUCCCGGGCCAGGUGGACUUCUACGCGCGCUUCUCGCCGUCCCCGCUCUCCAUGAAGCAGUUCCUGGACUUCGGAUCUGUGAAUGCUUGUGAAAAGACCUCAUUUAUGUUUCUGCGGCAAGAGUUGCCUGUGAGAUUGGCAAAUAUAAUGAAAGAAAUAAGUCUUCUUCCAGAUAAUCUUCUCAGGACACCAUCAGUUCAGUUGGUACAAAGCUGGUAUAUCCAGAGCCUUCAGGAGCUUCUUGAGUUUAAGGACAAAAGCGCUGAAGAUGCUAAAACUAUUUAUGACUUUACAGAUACUGUGAUACGGAUCAGGAACCGACACAAUGACGUGAUUCCCACCAUGGCUCAGGGUGUGAUUGAAUACAAGGAGAGCUUUGGAGUGGAUCCUGUCACCAGCCAGAAUGUUCAGUACUUUUUGGAUCGUUUCUACAUGAGUCGCAUUUCAAUUAGAAUGUUACUCAAUCAGCACUCUUUAUUAUUUGGUGGAAAAGGCAAAGGAAGCCUGUCUCAUCGAAAACACAUUGGAAGCAUAAAUCCGAACUGCAAUGUGGUUGAAGUUAUUAAAGAUGGCUAUGAAAAUGCUAGGCGUCUGUGUGAUUUGUAUUAUAUUAACUCUCCCGAACUAGAACUUGAAGAACUAAAUGCAAAAUCACCAGGACAGCCAAUACAAGUGGUUUAUGUACCAUCCCAUCUCUAUCACAUGGUGUUUGAACUUUUCAAGAAUGCAAUGAGAGCAACGAUGGAGCAUCAUGCCGACAAAGGUGUUUACCCGCCUAUCCAAGUCCAUGUCACACUGGGUAAUGAGGAUUUGACUGUGAAGAUGAGUGACCGAGGAGGUGGUGUUCCUCUGAGGAAAAUUGACCGACUCUUCAACUACAUGUACUCAACUGCACCCCGGCCUCGUGUCGAGACGUCCCGAGCAGUACCCCUGGCUGGUUUUGGUUAUGGAUUGCCAAUAUCACGCCUUUAUGCACAAUACUUCCAAGGAGACCUGAAGCUGUAUUCCCUAGAGGGCUAUGGGACAGAUGCAGUUAUCUACAUUAAGGCUCUGUCAACGGAAUCAAUAGAAAGGCUCCCGGUGUAUAACAAAGCUGCCUGGAAGCAUUACAACACCAACCAUGAGGCCGACGACUGGUGUGUCCCCAGCAGAGAACCAAAAGACAUGACAACAUUCCGCAGUGCCUAGACACUCUUGGGACCCUUGGAAAAUCCAGAUGUGGCUUUUUAUUAAAUUUGGAAGGGAUGGUGUUCAGAACUACA